AGACUUAUCAGCUGAGACAAAUGAUGUGCUAAUUCUCUGUUACAGUAAAAAUGGAGCCUGAGUCUGUUCUUUUUUGAGUCGAUGCUAAAAACUACUCUGCAGACUCUCAUGUAUUAGUCUCACCGACAGCUGGUGUGGUUCCCUUUUAUACUAAAGGGGUUUUACUUCCCUGUUUUUAAGAGCUACUUCCUUUUGUUCAUCAGUUCCUUGUUCACUGGAUUAUAUGUUGUUGAAUUAGUCGAGCAUAAUUUUCAUAAAACCACGAGGGAAGAGCCAGGCCUGUCGUGACUGGUUUGUGCGACCUCAUGUGAAGAAUGCAUUUCAGAGUUGCAGACGUGUUGUAGGCUGUCUUCUGUAAAUGGGCUUUAAAUUUGCAUAUAAAUAUUGAGAAGGUGACAUCGUUUGAUUCCUUGACAAUAACAGGAAGCAUUUUUGCGAUGGAGGCUUGACAGGCGAAAUCUCUGGAAUUUGGCUUCAUGAAGAAGAACGAGUCCUAGACGGUUGGAGCAGAAAGUGUAGAUGAGCUUAUGGGAGAUCCCUGAGCUGGUGAGAUGGAGGACGCAUACAAUGAACUGUACCAGCAGUUUCUUUGCCUGAGGUCACUUUGCCUGAGACAAGCUUCCCUGUUACAUCAACUCACAGCAGCACUGCAGAAACAGCAAGGUGCCUGUGUUCCUAAUGGAGAGCUGAGUGAUAUGAUGUCGAUUCCUGUCCAGUGUACCCGUGAAGUCCCUGUAUAUCCCCUCGAAAAGCCUCAACUACUAACAGCUGCAACACAAAACCCUGCAGCACAGGGUGGCAUUGAUCGCCUUUCGAGAAAUGUGGCGACUUUCUCUGAUCUCCUUGCUGAAGAUAUGUCCAAGCUCUGUGUGGAUAUGACCUCUGUGAAGGCAGAGCAAACAGCUACGUUCUUAUUAACCCUGGACUCCUCGAGGUGCCACGAACCCUCUUCCAGUGAGCCAGAAAAUCCGGGGAGGAAUCAUCCUGGUGGACACAGGGCUCUGGGCACAGCAAUGGCGCCUCUGACAAACAGUCCCUCCCUGGCCGCUGACUCCAUGAGCCAGCCUGGCGGUCCACUGAUGUCGGACGUGGCGCUGCAGUCUCAUGUUUGCGAGUUCUGCCAAGCGGUUUUCCCAGGAGACACAACCACAAGAGGAGAGUUCCUGAGACAUCUCUACACCCACGUCACCUAGACCGAGUUGAUUCUUACUCUCCUCUAUACACAUGGCUUAUGUGCUCAUAUGACAUGCUGCGAUAGUGCAUGCAUAACUCAGGAAGCAAAAUUAACCUCUUCUUCAGAUGGUUGGCUGUUAGACUGUGAAUAAACAUAGUUUCUUGUCUCUUAAGUGCAAAAUGAAGGGUAAAAACUGAUCUUGAAGCUUUUGCUACUGUGCUGAGUACUGACAUAUUUCCUUUUUAAAGCCUCUGUAUCAGUGUCUAGUCAUUGUUUUGUUUGUUCAGGGUUUGAGAUGUUCGUUAUAACAGAUGUAGGUAACUAUAUUUUGUUCGUGGAGAUCAGAUGUUCUACUACUUCUAUAUGUAGAUUUAGAGGUUAUUCCACUAUUUUUUUUAGGGAGUAUUACAAAUAACGUUAAUCUGUGUUAAUAAUGGGCCAAAUUACACCAGAACUAUCUGCAUUCAAGGCCACAUACCACUAGAGCAUUUUUUGUGGAGCUAAGUGUUGGAGCUGCUUUAUUUCAUCCAGAUGACUUACAGAAAGUAAGUCUAUGAAAGCAUGAAUUAUUAUUCAGAAAUUAUAACAGAUGGCACCUGUCUAUCAUGUUCACUGACUCUGAUCCUCUUCAGAUGUUUUGAAGUUCUUGUCUGGGAAAUAAACUUCUAAAAACCCA